CUUUAUAAUUCAGAAAGAAAAAAAAAAAAAACGUUUCUCCUUUAAGCUCUAAACGGCACACAGAAACGUAGAAGUAACCUGUUUCGGUCUCUGUUAUUUCAACGAACUCAAAAACCGGUGCUGCUAAUCCAAAUUAUUUCCUUGCAAUCCUAAUCGAAGACUAUUCAUAGCUCGGUGUUACUUGUAUUGGCUAUAAAUUCAGAAGGCUUCUGUUUCUAAAAGAAUGGGCAACUGAUUGAUACUAUCGAAUUCUUUUUCAUGUGUGAAAGGCAUCACUAGUGCAGUCUCAGAUGGCCACCGAUGCCAAUCUAUCUCGCAUUUUCAAGUACCUAUUCGCUACACAGUUCUUGUCAAGAGGAAUUCCAUUUAUUUUCAAUUCAUGGAUCGUGAGGCACCUCACAGAAGAGGAUUAUGCGCUGUACGCAGUUCAAUUUCAUCUGUUUGUCACCUGUGUCUUGUUUCUUAGUCGGGAGGGGUUCCGGCGAGCUUGCAUGCGAGCUGAAAUUAAAAGCGAUGCUACUUCUACAGAACAACAUGCAGAAAAGCUACUGAAAGUAGCUUGGAUAUCUUUCCCUCUUGGGAUAGUCAUCACAGUUGCUGCAUGCAUUUUCGUCUUUUGGUGGCAAGGACUAAGCUAUUCUGACCCAUAUGCACAAGCUAUCUUGAUUAAUGGUGGUGCUUGUAUACUGGAGCUAUUAGCUGAACCGUUGUAUAUCCUUUCUCAGAAUUUACUUCUGCUCAAACUGCGGUUGGUAGUUGAAACAGUUGCUACAUUUUUGCGUUGUCUGACUAUGUAUUUCCUUAUUGUCAGACAACCCAGCAUGGAGAAAGGGAUUGUUUUUGCAUUGUCACAGACUGCAUAUGGAGCUUGCUUAUUCAUUGGAUAUUGGAGCUAUUUUCUUCUUUUCCGUGUAUUUAGAAGUUCUGAACUUUUCCCUUUCAGACUAGGAAUCGCAAUUGAUUUCGAUAAGGAACUCUCAAACAUGUGUAUGCUGUUCACUCUUCAAUCCUUUCGAAAGCUCAUCCUUCAGGAAGGGGAGAAGAUGGUCCUUGUGUGGCUGGAUACUCCAUAUAACCAAGCUGUAUAUGGACUUGUUGACAAAUUAGGAAGCUUAGUGGUUCGAAUGGUGUUUCUUCCAUUUGAGGAAAGUUCAUAUGCUACAUUUGCUAGGUCUGCAUCAGGGAAAAAUCCACAGGAAGGCAAGAAGUUGGGGGGCUACCUUAUGGAGGCCAUGAAGCUUGUUUUACUAAUUGGUCUGGUGUUCAUGGCAUUUGGCCCAAGUUACUCUUACUCUCUCAUCAGAUUAUUGUAUGGCCAUAAAUGGAGUGAUGGAGAAGCAUCAACAGCUCUUCAAUAUUAUUGCCUUUAUAUAAUUGUUUUGGCUAUGAAUGGAACUUCUGAAGCAUUUUUACAUGCUGUUGCAACAGAGAACCAACUCAAACGUUCAAAUGAUUCAUUGCUUGUUUUCUCAAUGCUAUAUAUAGUACUGAAUGUUCUACUCAUACGGUCAGCUGGUGCAAUUGGCUUGAUUAUGGCAAAUUCAUUGAAUAUGAUUUUGAGGAUUAUAUAUUCUGCAGUAUUCAUCAAGCAUUAUUUCAAGGGUUCUUCAUUUUCUUUUCGCAGCUGCUUGCCUUCAGGUUGGAUAAUUCUGUUGUUUUCAGGUGUAACUACUCUCAUUUCUGAGAAAAUAUUUCUGGACCGUGAAAACUUCUGGCCUACAUUUUUAGUUCACUUUUCUAUCGGUUUAACUUGCUUCUGCAUAUCCUCCAUUUUCAUUUAUCGGCGGGAAAAGGCCUUUAUCAACAAAAUUAUAUUUUCUCGUGAUCAUGUGGACUGAAGAAUGGCUAACUGCCCCAAGAGAUUUUUGAGCCCUAAAACUGUAAAACAUGAAGAUUAGGGAGUCAAAGUCAAGACCCCUUUUAUUCAUUCAAGGGGAUUACAUGAUGAUAGAUAUAUCAUGUAGAAAUUCAAUUUCACUGCAGGAUUGUUAGGAAGAUAAUGAACAAUCUAACAACUUAUAAUGUUGCCACCGGAUGCCCUUACAAGCUAGAUUUAUUGCUAAUCACGCCCAUUAUUCCUUAGUCCUUAAUGCGCCACCCUCCUUCCCUCUCCCCCCCAAACCACCUUAUUCCCUCCAUCUUUCUCCACAUUAACUCAAACUCUGUAUUUUCGGUAAACCCAUUAAUCUUGUUGUACUUCCAUUUUGUUUUUCAUUUUCCAUGCUGCUAGAACUCGGUGGCGUGGAGUUUUGAUGAACUUGAGCAUGUGAAGUUCCUUUAAGUUUGUUCAUACAAGCUGAGGUAAUAUUGUAUUUCUCAAAUUAAUUACAAUACAUCAAAAUUGAAUAAUAGACUGAAUUCUGAGAUGCA